AUCGGUUAGAAGCAUCCUUGCUUCUACGUGUUGUUUGUCAUUUUCUCCACAUACAUUGUUUCUUCUUUUCUAUAAAUCUAGCUACUUCCUAUAUCCAGCUUAGAUCCCACAAAAUUUAAUCACAUCAACUUCAUCUCUCUUCCUCUCUCUCCCAAUCACCAAAUUUCUCCAUUUCAAGAAAAUCAAGAACUCCAAAAAAAAAAUUAAAAAAAUGGCUUUACUAGUUCAAGAAAGCUCAAAUCUCCCAAGAAUCCGACAACAUUUUGGUCCAUUAAUCGAAAAUCGUCCCAUGUUGCUCAAAGAUUUUCUCAGAGACGAUGCUUCUUCGCAUUCACGGUCUCUGUCGGGCAAGUCAACGGCGGCGGCGAAGUCAAACAAGCCACACAUCGUACUACUCCGAAGCUGGUCGAGGAGGGCCGCCGCCACGAAGCUCUCCGCCGUCCAUAAAGUGAUCAAGCUGCUCCACUUCGCCUCCUCGAAAUCGCCGGCGACCAUUUCGAGGAAGUUGGCCAGCAGGAGGCCGCGGCCGGCUAAGGACGACGGCGACGGCGACGGCGGCAUCCUAGGUGGCGUCUCGGAAGUCAAAGUCAAGGUCAAAGACAUCUUGCGGUGGAGAUCCUUCAGGGACCUGGCGGAGGAUGACCCUAGGCCGUUGGAUUUCCCGCCGUCACCUCACCGGAGCGCCGCCGCCGCUGCCGCUGCCACUUCAUGCAGCAAGAGGUGCGACGGUGAAAAUGAAGAGUUGUCCACGUUAAAGAAUCCCAAGGGAGAUUGGUCAUCAUUUGAAGAAUAUGAGCAGCAAAGCCCAGUUUCAGUUCUUGAUUCACCAUUUCAAGAAUGCACUCAUUUUCAUCAAAUCCUUGAAAAUCUUCAAAGAGCAAAAUGGUGUCACAAAGGAAAACUCGCCAUCUACGAAGAGAAAGCAAGGCAGCUGCUGAGCCAAGUCGAGGAAGAUCACGGCGACGACGACGAGGACGUGAUGUUGGAUUUCUUCAUCGACGAAGUUUCUAGAAAUGGGAAGUUGCACGAUGAUGAAUUUGAGUGUGAGAUUUUGAGGGUUGCAAGAUCAUGGGUGGGUGGGGAGAUGGGGGAGUCGUAUGAAUGGGAGGUGGAAGAGGAGAGAGAGUCGUUUGUGAAGGAUAUGGAGAGAGGGUUUUGUUGGAACAAGUUUGAAGAAGAGAGACAAGAGAUGUGUGAGGAUUUGGAAGUUGGGGUUUUCAAUUGUUUGUUAGAUGAUCUUCUUGCUGAUUUUCUUUGCUAGAUCAAGUAAUUAAAUCAAAACACGAGACAUAUAUAUUAAUAUAUAUAUACGUAGACAUAAUUGAGAAAUUUGUGAUAUGGAUUAUGGAGUCGUAGUAUAUAUGAAUGAUCGUGUUUGUAUAA